AUGAUAUCUGCAAAUGAGGAGCUGAAUCUUGGUGCUGUGAAUCCUGAUGAACUUGGAUAUGUUGAAUCCAUUUCUAUUGAGGAAAUUGGUGGUGUUAGGCUAUGUGGGAACUUUGACACCACUAUUUUGCUGCAUCCAUAUAUGGAUAGGAUAUUGGAUGACCUGGAAAUGACUGUCGAUGAUGGUGUAAAUACUUACAAGCAUAAACCAUCAAGUGUUUGUGGGAUUUUUUCAGUAAAAAAUGGAGUGCAUCAGGCUCGUCGGCCUCCGAUUGCCCUCUCUGCCCUCCGUCACUUGCGCGGCUGCCGUGACUCCGUGACUCCCCGCGUAAACCGUCUGCGAUCUGCGAUCCCGUCUCUCUGCUGUGAACCGCUAGCUAUCUGUCGUGAGCCUUCGUGUCAGGGUUGGGUUAAGCUCUCUCAUAUAUACAAUUUCCAGUGUACAUCAAUGAAGUUUUUGGAUUGGUAUGUGAAGAUUGCAGUUGUAUCAGCUGCAAUUGGAGGAUCCAUGGAGUAUUUCAUGAUUAAAACCGGUUUCUAUGACAAAGUGACAGUUCUUGAGUCGGAAAAGAAGGCUUGGGAGAAUUCACCCGAAGCUCAAGCUAUGCGAGAAGCUCUCAAUCCUUGGAGAAACAUUGAUGCAAAUGCAAAAAAAUCUUCCUAGUUUUUUUUUUCUUUUUUUUUUACGAGGGCAUUUAGGUCAUUUCCACACACAAGAGAUUGAAUGUGGGUCCCUAUUCCACCU